AUGGAAGUCAUUUACAGAAACGGAAAUAAAAAAAAGAAAAACCGAUUCAAGCUGUCUGCAUAUGAACAACUGGAUGACGAAGAUUCCGGGAGGGAAGAGAACCUACUAAGUCGUACAGAAGAUAUAGAGAUGCAGGCACAUAGUCUACUGCCACCACAGUGGAUUGAGAAAAUAGAGGAGUGCUCAGAAGACAUAGGAAACAUCAAAUUAAAAUUAAUGGAGUUGGAAAAAAUUAAAAAAAAAAAACUAAUAAAUGUUUUACAAGAUGAUGAAAUUAUUGUACAGGAAAUUGCCCAAAUGUGUACCGAUAUAACACUUUUGAUUAAAAAUUGCGAGACUAAAAUUCAAGGGAUCGCAUGGGACGACACAUCGCAGGGGGAGAGGAAGGAUGGGCUAACCGAUGAACAGCAUGACAACCAGCAAGAUGAACGAAAGGAGAUGCAACCUGAUCCCAACGACCUAAUCGGAAAGCUAAAAAUAAACGCAAAAAAAAGCUUAAUCUCGCAACUUAAAUCCAUAUCACAGACGUUCCACAACAAACAAAAAGAAUACAUAAACGAGUUUAAAAGAGUUUCAAAUGAGUGUAACGAUUACACGGGAGACCUCUCUAUCGGAGAAAUGGAAAAUAUGCAAGAGGAGGAACUAACAUACGAGGGGAAUAACAACCUGAAUGGCGUAAAUAUCGCUAGGAGAAAUACAGACUUGAAGAGGAUUUCCAACACUGUUAUCGACUUGCAUCAUAUUUUUAAAGAACUCUCUGUGAUGCUGGUGGAACAAGGAUCCAUGUUAGAUCGAAUUGACUACAACUUGGAUUUAUCCAUCGAUAAAUGCGAAAAGGGAUUAAAUAAAUUAAAAAUUUUCCAUAAGAAUGAGGGGGAUAAACUGGCUGCCCGUUGUGUAUCCUUCCUGACUUCGCUAAUCUUUGUUUUGUUAAUACUUAUCAUUUUGAAGAAUUUGUACUGA